UUUGAUACAUCAGAUGUUUGGAUAAGUAUCACCUUAUUAAAAUGCAAGGCAUUUAAGAUAAACAUUACUACGCAGGGAAGAGGGGCACCUUUCUCUUACUCCACCAACCACGGGUGCGACACUGCAUCAUAGAGACAAUUUUAUGUUCAUAGAUCUAGUCAGCUUUUGAACCUCGAUAUGCCUCAAAACGACUACCAUGGAGAUGGACUGCGGGCAUUUGAUCUCAAAACAGAAAAUCGACAAGUGGAGUAUCCAGAUUUAGAAGUGCGGACUUUGGUCGGCAAUCAACAGACUAGUACUUAUGGGCCGUCUUUCACUGGGCUUCAACAUCCCAUCUUGGAUGGACAGUCUUUAGCCGGACAUCAACAACAGAUCCCAGAUGGACGGUAUUUAGAUUUAGACGGAAAUCAACAACAGAUCCUAUAUGGACGGUCUUUAGCCGGACAUCAACAAAAGACCCCAGAUGAACUGUCUUUAGCCGGACAUCAACAACAGAUCUCAGAUGAACUGUCUUUAGCCGGACAUCAACAACAGAUCCCAGAUGGACAGUCUUUAGCCGGACAUCAACAACAGAUCCUAGAUGGACAGUCUUUAGCAGAACAUCAAAAAGUCGCUGGCUGUAAUUUGGAGUCUCCGACUGAAAUUCACGACAUGAGUCAGAAACUUCAUGAAAGUCCGAAGCCAUCUAAUGCCAGCUACGAAUUAGUGGAGAUAGAAAUGUUACAGAUAGCAGAAGGGGAGCAGAUGGAGGACUCUAGCAGCGAGAGUGAGACGGACAUUGAGACGGAAAAAACACGAACUUUGACCUUUCAUGUUUACGCUGCCAGAAGCCGAUGCUUCAAGCUGUGCCGAGAGAGAGGCUCGGCCCUGAAGAAGGCACGUCACGUGAUUUGUCUGCUCUUGUACAUCUCCUACUUUGUGUACGCUAUGUACCUCCACCACAGCGACAGCACAUCCACAGGACUUAUUGUCCUGACAGCUAUCCUGGUCCUUGCCUUGUCCUAUCGUUACCUGCCUGUCGAUCGUGUGACGUCAAAGAUAUGCAAGUUGUUUUCCAAGCACCCUGUAGCUCUAAAACGCUUCAGACGAUGUACAGCUUUGGCAUGUGUUGUGGCGACAGUGGCUACAUUGGUGACAGAAGUUGUCAUGGUCCGUCCCAAAAACCUCGUCUCUCUCAUCGGCAUGGCCGCCAUGUUGCUGACGUUUUUCAUCACUUCCUCACAUCCUCAUAAAAUAAUAUGGCGGCCAGUGGUCACUGGUCUGUUGAUGCAGUACGUGUUUGCCCUGGCUGUUCUGCGAGUCCCCGAGGUGCAGCAGAUAUUCCGGUGGGUGGGGGAGGUUGUCACCACUCUGGUCUCGUUCUCCAAUGAAGGCGGGCAGUUUUUGUUUGGGACUGAUCUCAAAUCCAACGGAUUCGUUUUUUAUCUGAUCCCUCUCAUCAUUUUCAUCAUGGCCUUUUUAUCUGUCCUUGAACAACUGGGGGUGCUUCACGUCCUGCUGAAGAUACUGGGCAAGUUUCUGGCGUUCUGCACAGGCGCGUCACCCGCUGAAUCACUCAAUGCCUCGGCCAACAUCUUCAUGGGACCACUGGAUUCUGUUCUAGUUUUGAGGCCAUAUUUAAAAUACCUGACACCAUCAGAGAUCCAUUGCUUUAUGUCUAGCGCCAUGUCCACAGUAAUGGGAAGCGCCAUUGGUUUAUACAUCGCAUUUGGGAUAUCUGCGGAUCAUCUCCUGGCAGCCUCUGUGAUGUCAGCUCCUGCUGCUUUAUCUUUGGCCAACCUGGCAGUCCCAGAAACAAGCAGACGUAAGGCUCUAGGGGCUGGCCAGGAGCUGGUUUUUACAAGAAGGUUCCGAAGUGUGAUCGACGCGGCCUCUAGUGGCGCGGUCAGUGCCACUACUCUCAUUGCAUCUAUAGUGGCCAACGCGACAGCCGUGUUCAGCUUUAUGAAGAUGAUCAACACUACACUAAGCUGGUUGGGGCAGCUGGUGGGCAUCAAGAGUCUAACACUACAAUGGAUCUGCUCCUACCUUUUUUAUCCACUGGCUCUAUCCAUGGGCGUGGAUGUGGAUGACGGGAGACAAGUUGCUGAACUGCUGGGCAUCAAAGUGUUCAUCAACGAACUUGUGGCCUACAGCGAACUGGGCGUUUACCGCAAAAACCGCAAACUCUAUGAGGACUACAUGUCACAAAACUUGACUGACUACACGCUCGACCCCGGCACGGGAGACGUCUUUCUACAUGGCUGGAAUAUGACCUUGACCCGGGGGUUCCUGUCCGAACGAUCAGAGGUGAUCACAACCUACGCCUUGUGUGGGUUCGCCAACUUCAUCAGUGUCGGCAUCAUCAUGGGCUGCUACAUCGUGCUGAUGCCCCACCGUAAGAAAGUCAUCUUCAAGUACAUCCUACGCUCUAUGGUCGUAGGACACUGUGCCAGCUUUAUGACUGCGUGUGUUGCAGGUCUGCUCCUGUAAGACCCUGCUAAUUUGAGGACAAUACUGUAUCAGAUUGAGAUGAACGCACGCAUGCAAGUGUGUGCACAAGCCCUGAACAUUGAGAUGGUGAUAUCAGGAGUAAAAUAUAUGCACUCACCAAAAUGGCCCAUGCUUUACAAAUCAAUUCGAAGCAUUGAUUGGCCCAGGGAAGACAUCUGAUUGACCAAGGGGUAAAUGUCCAACUGACGGCCAUAAAAGCAGUACACCGUUCUUUUAAAUGGGGAGUUCUAGUCGAGGCAGCUUAAACAAGCCAAUCAAUGAUUUUAAAAAUAAA